CGUGCUACUUCUGCUCUCCCCAGCUCGCUAACACAGACGCGCCAUCUCUGAACAAGAAGUCCGUCGACAUUUUUAGCAGCAGAAACGAUUAAAAACUGACAGGUUUACACCCGGGAACUUGUGAGACGACAAUAUAACGUUAUAUUCGUUAAAAAAUAAUUUCCGCGGGAAGGCAACUUGGAUAAGAAAAGUGUUUUAUCCACUUAGCUAACUGUUAGCUUGUGACGUUGUUAGCUAAAACAACUUAGCUGCAAAGGAAUUUCACAGCCUGUUUAUGUUUCCGCCGCUUCAGAGAAAUGUUGGACGGAUCUCCGGCUCACAGCGAUGAAACCAACAUCGGCAACGUCGAAAACAACAACCCGGUGACGCUGAUUUCUGGCAGCGACGGGCUGAACACGGGCAACAAAGCGAGGCAGGCGCUGCUGAAGAAAGGGGGGAGGAAGCUGCGGUCGGCGGCGCCGCUGCACCAGCACCAGAAACCCCCGAGAAACGGCCCCAACGUCCGCCUGUCCGACCACAACAACAACAACACUCUGACGGCUCCGUCCGCCAAUAGACCCGCGGCUCAGCCCGGUACCGAGUUUCCUGCCGGUACACAGACCGUACUGACCCUCCAUCAUCUCAACCAGGGAGCCAGGAAAGAGCUGCUCAAAUCUAAAGGUGGCAGAUUGGAGCCAGGAAGCCAAACUUCCCGCAACCACCCCAGACACGAGCAGCUGACCCAGAAUGUGAACAGUCGGAGCCAAAAGCCGAAGCAGGACCAAACCGCCGCUGCUUCCCACGCCGCGAAGAAGAAGGAUCGCAGCAGCCCCAACAAGCCUCCACCCCGGGAGCAGAAGAAACCUCUCCACGCCUCCAACAACCUUAAGACCGUGAGCGCCGCGCCCGCUGAAACCGCACCAGAAUACCUCAAAGAUGGCGAGAAAGUGUACGCUGGAGCCAAGUUCAGCGAGCCGCCCUCACCCAGCGUCUUGCCCAAACCGCCCAGUCACUGGGUCGGAGAGAACGAGCCUCAGCUCAGCAACCAGAGCCGAGAGCAGAUGACUGUUCAUUUAAAGUCGCUGCUGAAGGUUCAAGACACGUCAUGACCGCCGCCACGGAGCAGAACGACCCCAUAUCUGAUUAACAACCAACGCCAACAACUGGAAACAGUUUAAUUCAGUAAAUGGAGUUUGGCCUUAAACACACUGCGAUAUGAUGUCGGGAGUUUUUAAGAACUUUAGUACAGUUUCCCAUCAGCCAACACGCGGCGAGUGUUGAGGAGGCGUCGUGUUGUUGCUGGAGGUCUGACUGACAUGCCGUGUAUGUCAGUGGCUUCUGAUCGAACAUUUUCUGCCUUUCUGUCGGCAGAGAAAAGAGAGGAUGAGACUUUACUGUGAUGGAGUUUGAGGUGUGAAAGAAAGAAGAGCAGACAGUUUCUCCAGCAGCAACGCCGUCGGUGCCUCGUGUUUACAUUAUGCAAAAUGACGAUGGCACUUUCUUUAAGGCAGCCUCGUGUUGAUCGACUUUUUAAAGAGCUUGUGUAAAUGUACAUAAUAUAUUGUAAACAUAUAUUUGUGUAUAUUUUUCCUUGUUAUUUUAACUGAGAUUCUAGUUUUGUUACUGAGGUUUUUUCCAAAAAAAAAAGAGAAAAGAGAAAAAAAAAGAGAAACUGAGGCACUUUGUUACAGCUCCUUCAGAGUGAAGCACAGUGGAUGUAAAGCGAGACUUUUCUUACUGAUUUGCACUGAAAACAAACGUGUGGACGGGCGAGAAACUUCACUCUGACCAUCCAAAGGUUCACCAGCCAGUCCGAUGAAUUCACCAGCCACAUCAGAACACAGCAGAGUGACGUCCACUUUCAACAUGGCUCGGAUAGAGUUUACCAGCUGAUCACCCCCCACCCCCCGAGCUGGUGGAGUCCAAUCAGGGACUGUGAAGCUGACGGGCUGAAGAGAAGAUGAAAGUCUCACAGCCAGCUGCUGCAGAAAGCCACAACAAGUGCUUUUUCUUUACCCUCACUGCACUGACCCAGAGUACGUCCACAUGAAGCCUGCUCAGUCUGAAACGAGCUCUGUCCACACUGAGCAGCUGCUUCUCUCACCUCUAUGUAGAGCUUUUACUAAACAGUCAUUUUGAAACGCUGUCUCACCAGGACGAUCUCCUGCCAGUUGGUCAUCUGUUGUCACCAACUGAACUGGAGCCAAACAUUUGCUGCGUCCAGCUGCUGAAACGUGACGAUUUGCAGCUUUUUUCUGUUUUAUUUCAAAGUAAACUGAAUGUUCGGAUUGAAGAACGUUGGUUCGACAAAAUUAGACACUUCAGUAUGUCACUCUGACAUAUUGAUGAGUCCCUAAUUAAAAUGAGGACCAGUUGUAGCUGGCGAUGCCCCAAUCACACCUUCUUGCCGCUGAUACCGAUCAUUUCGUUGUUACGUCAUAGCAGCUGGAUCAGCGGUUGGUCAGUCUGUUUAGCUGUGUAGUGACCUGGGACGUCCAACAGCUUUUACGUUGUUCAACAGAACAGUAUGAAAAACUCAAGGAGCUUUGCAGAUGUCGUACGUUCUAUCAGCCUCACACACGGUCCACACGGCCGCCAUGUUGUUUUGUUUUGGCGGCCUGUUGGUGGGAGGCGAGGCUGCUCUCAGCGGCAGACACCGGAGUAUUAACCACAGCUGAUCUGUAGGAGCAUUAAUUCACAUCUACCAAUCAGGUAUUUUUAAUGAAAAUCGGAUCGGCUGAUCAAUCGGGGCCUCCCUCGUUUUAGCCUUAGUCAUAAUGAUAAAACAGUAAUUUGAUGGCUGCUGGUUAACGUAGUGUUUCUGAGCUGCCAUCAGAUCGUUAUCGCAGUAGAAACAGAUGAGUUGUAACGAGGGUCUGUCCCCUCCUCACCUGACGUCGGCCUUGAUGACAGUUUCUCCCUUCGCUCGGUGAAAAGAGGACGAGGAGAUGAAGCUGUUGCUGAAGCGUGGACGGAGGAAAACACUCUUUCAAGCGUUUUUAAAAAGGACACGGCUUCAUGUGGACGCAGUCUUACUGUCUGUAUAUGAUGUUUUCUUCUUCAUUUCUCUGAGAUCACUCCAUGUUUACAGAGAGAGCAGUGAGUGUUCGGUUCGUCACAGGUGAUCAUGUGAUCAUGAACCACGUGUGCUUUUUUUUCCUACUGUAAUGUUUCUGUGGACGCAGGCAGCUGCUGGGUCUCGUCUCUUCACCUCUGUGACGUCAUGUAAAUGGAAAAUUGUAUUGAUGUAGCAAAAACUGCCCAUUUUAUUGCAGUGUUUUAACAUUAUGUCAUUCCAGUUCUAAGAAUAAGAAUAUUAACGACCCCCCCCCAUUAUCGCGAUUUGGAAAAAAGAAUUUUAUGAAGCAUUUCAUAUCUAAAUUAUAUUAAAAUAUUGGUUACCCCGA